AUGGACGACAGCGAGGACGGCCAGCGCCGCAUCGAACUCGCGUCCCCCAAAGAUUUCGCCUUUCUCAUCGCAAACGUCCGCGCCGCGGCCGCCGAGCACCUGCACGCCGCGUUCCCGCCCCAGAGCGACGGCGGCGAGGACGAGCUGCGCAACGAGAUUGAGGCCAUUGUCGACGAUUACAUUGAUCGCACAUUCACCCUCGCCGCGCCCAACCUCUCCAUCAACGGCCUCCCCGUCGACCCCGCCGACUUCUUCAAGCCCGCCUCCAGAUCCAGCGGUCGCAAGUCCUCCAUCCCGCCGGUGGCCCCCGACGACAGCAUCGCCUACGAGCCGUUCGACGCCGACAAGCGCCAGCGCGUCGCCGAGCUCGUCUCGCAGGAGGAGCAGCUGCUCGAGCAGGUCGCCGCCAUGAAGCGCGCCGUGCCCGCCGAUGUGGCGGCCGCCAUGGCCGCGCAGCUCGACGCCGCGGCCGCGCGCGACGAGGCCCAGCUGCAGCGCGGGCUGGAGGCGGCGACGCGGCGCCGGCGGGAGGAUGCCGGCCAAGGGGAGGACGCGCUGCUGCUGCGGUCGCUGGAGAGGCAGGAGGGCGUCGAGGAGCGCUUUCGCGGCGCCGUCGGCGCGCUGGGCAGGCUCAAGAGGGACAUGCCGAGCGUCGUGGCCAAGAUGGAGCGCGCGCGCGUGGCGGGCGAGUAUGUGCGCGAUGGGCGGUGA